GACGUACAGUUGGUCGUUUUGAACUGGUAAAGAAUUGUCCCUCUGCUUUCCGUCUCAUAUUAUUCUCUUAAGAUAAUUUUGUUAGAGGAAAUUAUAAUGGAAACCGAUUCAGAAGUAAAAGAAAGCUCCUUAAUUUUGAUUAAGCAAGGUGCCGAGGCUAGAGUCUUUGAGACAUCUUUUGUGGGAAAGAGGUGUAUAGUUAAGGAACGGUUCUCGAAAAAGUACAGGCAUCCGAUUUUGGACACAAAGCUCACUCUCAAACGAUUAAAUGCGGAGGCCCGAUGUAUGUCUAAAGCUAGGAAGCUAGGGGUUUUAACUCCAGUUCUUUAUGUUGUUGAUGCUAUAUCGCAUUCGCUGACAUUUGAAUAUGUGGAAGGCGCUUCGGUCAAGGACGUACUUCUCGAUUUUGGAUUACAUGGUAUAGUUGAAGAAAGAAUGAAUGACAUUGCGAUUCAGAUUGGUCGUGCAAUUAGCAAACUCCAUGAUGGUGGCCUUGUUCAUGGUGAUUUGACCACAUCAAACAUGUUAAUCUGCAAGGAUACCAAUCGAUUGGUAUUGAUUGAUUUUGGUCUGAGCUUUACAUCAACCCUUCCAGAAGAUAAAGCAGUAGAUUUAUAUGUACUUGAACGAGCGUUGCUUUCUAUGCACUCUUCAUGUGGAAAUGUGAUGGAAAAGAUACUUGCUGCGUACAGGAAAUCCUCCAAACAAUGGUGUUCAACAUUAAAUAAGCUUGCCCAAGUGCGACAAAGAGGUAGAAAGCGUACCAUGGUUGGAUGAGCUGUCUCAACAAUCUACUCCAUACAUAGCUACUCCGAGCAUUGCUGGGCGGCAAAACAAAUAUGCUGCUCGAUAUUGACAGGAAUAUGAAAGACAAUUAUGUUAUGGUUGAGCGGUGUGAUGCAGCUUUGGUGAUGAAAUAUUUGGAUGUAUCCUGUUAUUACUAUUUAUAUGCAUGAAGAGGGCUCUUUUUUUAAGUGUACCUUUCAAUUAUAACGGUGAUUAAAUUCAGUUUAAACUGGUGCAAAUUUCACUAUAAUAGCAACUUGUUUUAGAUAAUGAGCUUAGCUAUAUUGACUUCUAUUUUGUAAUAUUAACGUAUUUUAUAGUUUUGACGGAUUAA